CGUUUGGCAGUUCGGCCAACCAUGAAGAACUUAGACGUCUAUGACCAACACUACAGGGGAAGUUACUAUUUCCGUAUUUCAGAUGGCUGUCAAUAGUGGAAAUGUUGAUGUAGUCGUUCAACAUGACAUUAUAAACAUACCAGAAUGCGAACAUGGUCCUGCAUUAAUGUUUUCAAGAUUUGACAAGAAGUAUGGUUCAGAGAGACGAUUCUUUGCCUGUUCAGCAUUUAGAGAUCGCAAAGCGUGUCCUUUCUUCAAAUGGGCAGAUGAAGUGAAAGGUUCAAACAAAAACAGGCCAGUGUAUCACACUGGAGAGACUGGCCUUUGGCCUUCAUACAGUCAUGCAGCAAUGAGGAAAAGGUUCUCUGAGUUCAAGAAAUUGAAAGAAUCUGAGAGAUAUAUCUGUACUAACUGUGGUCUGUUGUUGUUGCCAGGGGAACGUACAUCUCAUGAAGGUCAAGGUCACAAAUUGAGGUCAAACAUUUCCAAUGAAAUGCUUGUUAAACCAACCCAGCUGUUCACACCUCUAGAGAACAACAAAACAUUUGCUCAAUACCUUUUUUCCACCUCAACAGUUGAUUUCAUACUGGACACAUUAUCUUCUCUGAAUGUGACUCACAUCCUGUGUGUUGGAUGCCCAAGAAUUCAUGAGGCUGUACAGAUCAGAUGCAAAGAUGAGUCGUCCCAGCAAUUGCAAAGUUUAUUGUUGGAUCUGGAUCAUAGAUUUCUGCAGGUGUUUCCUCAAUCCCAGUUUUGCCGCUACAAUAUGCUGAAUCAUCAUUUCUUUGGUGGGGACACAGAUAGGCAGACGUAUAAUGAUUUCAUCGCAGGGAAUGCUGGGAAGAAGGUUGCCAUGGUGAUAGAUCCUCCUUUUGGGGUUAUGGUUGAUGCACUUAAUAUUACUAUAAAUAGAAUACAGGAAGAUUCGAGGGACAAUAGAGGUUGUGAAGAUGCCAAUGAGAUGCCAGUGUUUUGGUUUUUUCCUUACUUCAUGGAGCAAAGAGUGGUAACACCUAGUUCCAGCUACACAAUGUUAGAUUAUAAGGUUGACUAUGAUAACCAUGACCUGUUCCGUGGAGAAAAAGGCAGGAAGAAAGGCUCGCCAGUCAGAAUCUUCACAAACCUCUCACCAAAAAUGAUUGCAUUGCCAGCAUCAGAGGGUUAUUGUUAUUGUAAGGAAUGUGAACAAUACCGUGCACUGGAGAAUAAGCACUGCAACAAAUGCAGCACAUGUCCUACAAAGGAUGGGAACACCUAUAUUCACUGUGAUAAAUGCAGCAGAUGUGUAAAACCAUCCCGUGUUCAUUGUGAAACCUGUAAUAUAUGUGAUCUCCCAGAACACAAAUGUGGACAGUCUGUGACUAAAGGUUGUCAUAUUUGUGGAGCGAUGGACCAUAAGAGAAGAGAAUGUCCAAAUAAGAAAUCACUUACAGAGAGUUCAAAUCCCAGACCAAUCAAAAGAAAAGGAAGUCAUCAACCACUACAUAAAAAGAAGAAGAAAACAAAGUGAAUUAUGAGAAUGAUUUUUAUUGUAUCAAAAUACUGGGUAAAAUAAAAUUCUUGUAAUAGUAA